ACCAGCUGGUACCACGGAGCUACUCAUCCUCCUCGAGACUUCAUUUGUUGCUGCCUCUGAAAUCGGGACAUGGAACUGAAAUUGAAGAGCAAACCUGUGCACGUUCUCUUCGGAUGCAUCUUCGCCUUUUCUGCUCUUGGCUCGGCCGAAAGACUGUGCACGGUGCCUCCAGGCCCGGUGACAAUCUCAGAAAACAACACAGCAGAAAUCCAGGUGGUCAAAAUAAUCUCCAGCAGCGAUGUGGAGCUCACGGUCACAGUGAACCCCGAAGAUCUGUUUUACCUGAGAGGAAAUGUCCUGCUGGUGAAGAAAGGCCUGGAUUAUGAGUCUUUGUCCAGCGCGGCUCUGGUGGUGUGGGUGCAGUGCAGCCGAGAAGGCUCCACGUCUGUGAACGAGUCAGUGGAGGUCUUGGUUGAAAAUGUGAACGACAACCCUCCAAAUUUUGCUCAAAACCACUACGUGCUCGACGUGAACGAGCUCACACCAGUCAACUCCAGCGUGGGAUUGAUCGAAGCCACAGACAUCGACUCGGAGCCGCUCUACUAUCGCCUGGAGUCUGCCACGGACAAAUAUUUCCGCCUGGAGAACAUAAACACUCCAAAAAUACUGGUGAAAAGCAUCUUGGACUACGAUGUUGUGCAGAAGAUCUCUCUGGUAUUACAUGUCCAGGACACGUUCAACGGCUCAGCCUCCAACGAGCCCUUCUUCACCGCGGUGGCCACCAUCACCGUGCAGGUGAAGGACGUGGAUAACCGCCCGCCGUGGUUUCAGCCGUGUCUCAGGACGAGUCUGGGGAUCGCCAAGCUGUGUGUGAGCACCGGUUACAAGGGCAAAGUCAACCUCACCGAGAAGGAGGAAGGCCCGCUGGUUCUGGAGCCUGGUCCAGUAUUCGCCAAGGAUGGAGACAAGAACAGGAGCGAGCAGAUCAGCUACAGAAUACUGAGAGGAAAUGAGGGAAACAUAUUUCAGAUUGAUGAGGAAACAGGAAACAUCACCAUGACUAAAGCUGCUGAUAUCGUGGGGCCCAUAACUCUCACUGUUCUGGCAUCACAGGUGAUGAACAGAGACCAGUUUGCAGUGACCCAGGUGACCAUCGAGGUGAUGAAGAAGAGCAGGAACCCUCCUCGUUUCGAGAAGGAGCGAUACGAAGGCUUCAUCUACAGCAACUCCGUGCCUGAGAGCAUGAUCCUGCGAGACCGAAGCACCAACCGGCCCUUCAGGGUUCGAGCCCGGGACGAGGACUUCGCCAGCGGCGUGAAUCCAGAUGUGAAGUACGAGGUUCAGUACAGCAGCUACGUCAACGUGACCUCUGAUGGUUUCGUGAUCCUGAAGCGAGUGGUGAAGACGGAGUCCUUCGCUCUGCAGCUUCGAGCCGUGGACGCCACGACGGGGGAGUCAGGAACCGCGGCGCUCUCAGUUCAGGUCAUACCUGCUGUUGCCACCCCGUCCGACUCCGGCGCCGGCUACCGGCCGGGCGACAUGGCGCUUCUGGGCCUGAUCAUGGCCGCCCUGCUGGUCCUUUGCUUCAUCGUCAUCGGCUUCCUCAUUUCCCGCUUGUACAAAGGGAACGCGAGCAUGGACAAAAUCUGUGGGUGUCUGGGUCCCUGCCUGGGGUCCGGCCAGCCCCGGACCGGCCACCGGGACUCCCUGCAGUACACCAACGACGGCUUUCAGAACGAGGGAGACGCGAGUCGCGGCGGCAGGCGCUGGAACAACGUCGUCCCCAGGCGCAGCACCUUCCCUCAGCCGCGGGGCCGGAUCCUCCCCCUGGACAAGCGGAGCCGCCACUGCUCCUCCUGCGGCGUCUACACCAACCACGUCCCCAAGGGGAGCCCGUCCGCCAGGCCGUCCAGCAGGGGCCGGGGGGACGGGGACGAGUACGACGCCCGGUCCAUCCUCGCCAAGCAGCGGCGGCGGGAAGGCCAGAAGACGGUGUGGUUCAAGGAGAGCGAGGACUCCUCGGACAUCGAGGUGGAGAUCAUCCCCGACACCGUGGGCCGGGUGGAGGAGGAGACCGAGGAGGAGCUGGAGGGGGAGGUGGAGAUGGAGGGGGUCGUGAGAGACCCCGCCGCCCCGCUGAGGGAGAGCAAGGGCGAACAGGAGAGCCAGAGCUCUGAGCUCGGCAAGGAUCAGGACGCUGGAAAUACCAACUGUAAAGAGGAGAAGGGGAACCAGGAGGAGCACUGAGGACGACUGAGCUGUUGGUUUUUCUCCUCUCUUCUUUGUUUGUGGAGCCUGUGGCGGGGGCCUCGGCUGUCCUGGAGGUCUCCGAGCAGCAGCUCCCGCUCAAGAACUGAUUCAAGGAUCCACAAAGUAUUUAUAUAUAUCUUCUACUGUGAGCAUCAGUGUUAAUAACUGCGUACAAACUGUCGACUGGUCACUCAAGAUGGCCGUGUAAAUACUCAGAGAUAAGAUUCUGGUUUAACAUUUUUACCGAGGCGGCCUGUUCUCACAGUUUCGGUCAUUUCUCUUUAUGUUAAAGUGACUGCUGAGAUGACAGCUACUUUGUAAGUUCAACCAGGCAGGAAGCACUAAAGUCCUGUUUCAGGCGUUCAGACCUGUUCGUUCAGUGAUUCAGUGCUUUCACUUCUGUAAUCCAACACAUUUUUUAAAAGGCUUAAACAGCAGAUGAAGGUUAAAGCACGUGAAUCCUACAUGGUGGCUUUUCCUUUUUUGUACGAACUAAAAUCUAUGACAACAAUUUGACUAAUGUAGCUUUGAAUACCUUUUGGGUCCAUUAAUUGAU